CUACACUCCUUCAGAACAGCUACCUUGGGCUUCUGACACGACAGCGAGCGGGCAACAACAGUACUUCAGGAUACAACCUAAGGACGUCAAAGUUCACGAAGGCGGAGAAGUCACGCUUCAGUGCGAGGUGGCUCAUCUCGCUGGUAGAGUACAGUGGACGAAAGAUGGAUACGCCCUAGGAUUUUCGUCCGUCAUCCCUGGUUAUCCGAGGUACACGAUGAUCGGGGACUCUAGGAACGGAGUCUUCAACUUGCGCGUCGUGAACGCUAGUCUGGACGACGACGCGGAAUUCCAGUGUCAAGUCGGACCCCAGGGUGUACACAAAUCGAUACGUGCCAACGCCAGAUUGUCUGUGAUAUCACCUCCGAGUUCCGUCGAAAUUAUUGGCCACCCGCACAACACGAAAAUCGAAAUAAAAGAGAACGAGACGUUUACCCUGGAAUGCCUCGUGAAGAACGCAAAGCCGGCGGCCAAAAUCGUCUGGUACCGUGGAGACGUCGAACUUAAAUUAGACAAAAGAGAUGACAUUACAGAAGAGACUCCUGCAUCCAAGAAAUCAAAAAGGUACAAUGUAACAAGCAAGAUCCACUUGCGACCUACUGCAGAAGACGACUAUGCUGAUUACACAUGUGAGGCGAGGCAUGAAGCCUUGCCACCCGACAUGCCGCUCCGUGUCACCGUCCAGCUUAGUGUUCUAUAUCCGCCGGGUUCACCGUACAUCGAAGGCUACACGGAAGGAGAGACGAUCCGCCGAGGGCAGACUGUCGAGUUGGUAUGCAGGUCGAGAGGAGGAAACCCUCCGGCUCAGCUCAUCUGGUACAAAAAUGGUGAGCAGAUCCGAAUGGCAUAUCGAACGGCUGGGCGCCUCUCGGAAAACAUAUACACAUUUACCGCAGAUGCGUCAGACAAUAAAGCCAAGUACAGAUGCGAAGCAUCCAACAUCAUGAGUCAAGUACCUUUGAAAGCUGAAGUUGAUCUGACUGUUUUGUUUGCACCUAUUCAGGUGACAAUAACUGGCCCAACUGAAGCCCGUGUCGGAGAUACAGUCCCCAUAACAUGCACAACAGCUAGCAGCAAUCCGCCUGCUGAUAUUAAAUGGAUGAUAGGAGGAAAACAGAUCCGCAAUGCCACGCAGAGGACGAUUUCUGCACCAGAAGGAGGUUGGAUAACGACGUCCAACACGACAGCCGUCAUGUCGCCUGAUCAGAGAUCGCUUGUUGUCAUCUGCCAUGGGCUUAAUAAACAACUGACUGAAAAUAUCGUCAGCACGCACACCAUCAAUGUUUUAUAUCCACCGGGGCAGCCUAUUAUUACUGGAUACUCCAAAGGCACGCAUAUACCGUCUGGUACAGUCCAGAAAAUAUCAUGUAUAUCUUCUGGGGGAAAUCCACUCGCUACCCUGACAUGGUACAAAAAUGAUAAAAAGAUCAAUUCAGUAAGUAAAACAACUGACAAGUCAGUAUCAGCCGAAGUGACCAUUCUUGUGAAUGUGACCGACAACGAGGCCAUUUAUAAAUGUGAAGCAUCCAACCCAGCAACAGAAAUCCCUUUGUUCGAGACAGUACAGCUAAGUGUACACUAUCCUCCGGAACACGUGAGAAUACGGAAAGAUCCAGAGGAGCUACGUGCAGGUCUAAUUGCAACACUAACGUGCGAUGGGUCAUCAAGCAACCCUCCUGCUGAAAUGUCCUGGUGGCGAGAAGGUAUAUCGGUAACCGAAGGGAUCAGUAACAGCUCAAAACCAGGCUUGCAUGGAGGAACUGUUUCAUCUAUACAGCUACGUCUCAAUGUCACUCCAGAUAUCGACAAAGAUGUCUAUACGUGCCAAGCUAUGAACACAGCAUUGCAACGAAGCGCACAUGAUGCCAUUACAAUGAAUGUUCUUUAUAAACCUAUUUUUAAUGAACCGAGUGAAACUGAUCUAAUUGGCAAUGAAGGGGAGAGCUUGGUUCUCGCACCUAUGGCUACAGCCCAUCCGUCAACCAUUUCCUACACUUGGACCAAAGACAGGACUUCUUUAAAUUCUGGACAAUAUUUGUCAGUAGAAGGACCUUUAUUGAACUUUACAAAACUUCAUCGUGCUCACACUGGGGUUUACAUAUGCGAGGCGGUCAAUUCCGAAGGAUCAACUACGAUCAGUUUUAACGUUACUGUUCAAUACCCCGCGCAUAUAAUAGAAAUCAGUGAAGAUGUCUCAGUUUCACCGGGAAAAGAUGCUGAGUUAUGGUGCAGAAUAGAUGGAGCACCGCUUUCUGGCGAUCAUGUCAAAUGGAGCCGGGAAAAAUAUCCGGACAUUAUCCAUCGAACUUCAGUCACCUGGAGUAACAACACAUCCUACCUGACAGUGCACAGCGCUGCAAAAGAAGAUAUCGGAUUUUUUAAAUGUGCUGUUAAUAACGGCCUGGGAAACGAAUCUUCAAAGAAUAUAUUUCUGACUGUUGAGCAUAAGCCACAGAUGGACCAAUCUCCUUCUUUGAGUAAAUCAGCAAGUAACAGUGGAGAAACUGGAAAAUUGAUUUGCAAAGUGUCAGCAGCACCCGCUGUAAACUUUACAUGGUCUAGGGAAGGUUCAAUAAUUACAACCGAUCAUCAUAAAUACUUAAUUGAGUACAAAAAGCUGGACAAUGUUUUAUACGAAUCGGUUCUUUUGAUCCGCAAUAUUGAACUGUCUGAUUAUGGUCGAUAUGAGUGCAUGGCUAGGAAUGUUCUUGGCUUUGCCACAUUGAGCGUCCGCCUGUCGGUCACGUCAAUUCCAGACCCACCGACGAAUCUGGCGGUUUAUAAUGUCAGCCACGAUUCGCUCACACUAGGAUGGGAGCCGGGUUUCGAUGGUGGAUUACCACAGACAUUCAGGUUGCGGUAUCGACCUGCAUCGACUAUCGGGUCUGGGAGCCCUCCCAAUUACAGAUACGAAGACACAGGCAACGUCACCAAAUACGUAGUGACGGGUCUGGAGCUUGCAACGCAAUAUGUUUUCAGCGUGAUGGCUCAAAACAGACUGGGUGCGAGUCGUUACCUUCCAGACACACUUAAAGCCACGACAUCAAGUGUCGCUCCGCCGUCAUUGCCGUCAAGAGGUUCGAGUGGCACCGGGUCCAGGGCAUCAUCGGGACUUGUGCUUGUCUUUGGAGCCAUACUCGGAGCUAUGCUACUCAUCUUGAACCUGGUGGUCGUCGCAUGUUGCCUACGCAAGAGGCGUUCUCGCCUUGCUUCCUCGAAGCACGCUCCAGGUGCUAGUGAACAGGGCAGUAACAAAAGUGCAACAAUAGAAAUGUAUGCUCCAAGCAGCUACAACGAAACAGUGACAGGAGAGACUUUGAGCUCAGUUUCUGAAAAGAGUGAAACAUACUCUGACAAUCAAGAAUUUAAUGAUGAUGGACGGAAAGCUGCUGCAAGCACUUACCUCAUGGAUCAGUCUGAGUACCAAUACCAGUACCCAGGAUAUGAUAUACAACAUCAAAUGAAAGAACUCGAGCCAAUCGGUUUGCACAGGAAUACUUACAAUCAGAAUGGAGGAGUAAGCUUGUCAGGAGGCCAAGGGCUUGACACUUACUACACACUCCAGCCAGAUCCUCGAUAUGUAGCUUAUCCUCCACCGGUCCAGUUUGCAGGUCCUCCACUCGCGAUUCCCCCGACUGUGCCACCACUCCCCGCUUCAGCAAGGAACGUGCCUCCACCAGAUGUGACUGUCCUUUCUACUCCGCCGCUCCUCUCCACCUUCAACUACAACUCGGCCCAUGUCACCGAGCCGGACUCUCACCUUGUCUGACUCUAACUCUCCGGGCAGACACUGUCCCAAUUUCACCGCUCAACUGCAGUCUGAACUCGACAGCUCAAGACUUUAAAAAAAAUCUACGAUGAGUGAUAUGAAUGGAAAAUAACGUGUGAUGAGAUGAACCAAAGUGUGUACAUAAUAUCCCCUUUCAAUGUGCCAAAGAUUAAUCCGACAUUACGGCAGCCACAGUGCCUGAAUGGUACUUGGACCAAUUUCAGAACUUUUUGGUUUUAGUGUUUGUAAUCUAAGUGUUAAUAAGACAAAAAUGCAUCUUUUUUUAUUCCAAAUAACAAUAAUUACUCAAUUCAUGUGAUUCCAUGUUUAAUGUUUUUGAUCUCAUUAUGUUUCUAAAUGUAGAUGAAAACAAUUCGUCCGUGGUGUUAUUACUUAAAUGUAACUUUUAAAAAAUAUUAAGAAAAUAAUAAUUAUUAUUAUUGUAUUUAGACAGUUAUAAAUGUUAACUUAUUAUGUGUUAAAUUCUAUGGUAAUUGAUAAACUGACGAAUUUUUAUAGAAUUAAGAAAAAAAUGGUAUUGUUUAUGUUAAUCAUUUUGUUUAUUUUGGGACAGUGGGAUAUAAAUAAUGCUCAUUAUAUGGCCACUCACUAAAAGUAUUCUUCUAGUUUAUUUUAUUUGUAAACUUUACUUUUAGUAAAAUUUACUUUAUUUAAAUAAAGUCUAGUUUAUUUUAAG